AUGCUAUCCAACCAACACCCCUUCCUUUCCUACUUAUUCUUCCCUCUCGUCCUCAUCCUCUCUACUAUUCAAAUUGCCCAAUGCAGCCCAUCAACCUGCAACGGGCAAUCCGCAUUUUGCACCCGCAAGUACUCCAACAUCACCCAACUAGGCGCCCACGACAGUCCCUUCGUCGGUCCCCUCCCACAACAAAACCAAAAUCUCAAGGUAACAAAGCAGCUUGACCUAGGAAUCCGCUUCCUGCAGGGCCAAACGCACAAAGCCAUCGAUGACAGCAACACCAUCCAACUAUGUCAUACAUCCUGUCUUCUCGAAGACGCCGGGACCCUAGAGUCCUUCUUGCGCACGGUCAAGACCUGGCUGGAUAGCCAUCCUAACGAAGUCAUAACCCUGCUGCUUACGAAUGGCGACAGCUUUCCCGCAUCACGGUUCGGCGAGGUCUUCACCAGUGCCGGGAUCAAGGAUUAUGCGUUUGUUCCAAGCUCGUCGCCAGGUGUGUUGCCUAUUGAGUCGUGGCCGACUUUAGGGGACCUGAUUAGCACGGGAAAGAGACUGGUCGUAUUUCUGGAUUACGGAGCCGAUACUAAAACUGUUCCGUAUAUCAUGGACGAAUUCGCCUACUUCUUCGAGACGCCAUUUGACGUGACGGAUGCCUCGUUCUCGAACUGUAAGAUCGAUCGACCUCCGGGCGCACCAGCCGACGGGCGCAUGUACAUCGUCAAUCAUUUCCUAGAUGUCGAUAUUUUAGGCGUUCUCGUGCCCGACCGGAUCCGCGCGCCCAAGACCAACGCUGUCUCGGGCAAGGGGAGUAUCGGAGCACAGUCCAACCUGUGUCGGUCUUUAUAUAAACGGCUGCCGAAUGUGGUUCUUGUGGAUUUUGUGGAUCAGGGUGAGGUGAUGAAGGCCCAGAGCUCGCUAAACGGCGUUUAG